AUGUACAGUUUUGGUUGCAUCCUCCAACAUUUUCUAGAAGAGCAACAACAUUUAACUUCACGGUUACCGCCCCGAAAAGAACCGACAAAACCGCAACCUCUGCCCUCCACUGGAAAUAUCCCUCCCUCCACACGUCUCUCCCAGCUGCUUAUCGGCUCAUUUCACAUGCAUUAUUCGAUUGCGAAAUGCAUCGCACAUCACAGCGAUACUCCGACCGCACUACAUACGCUCGUCAGCCAUUCCAAAAGAGACACUGAAAAGCAGCGCGAAUUUGAACGUUCCUGA